UAUUAUUAUCAGUCUUAUUAUAUAUUUAGCCAAAUGGCAUAAUCAAAAACCUCUUCUUUCUAUUUUCUUAAACAAAGUCGAACAAUAUAUUAAAACUACCAGACUCAUUGUCAUGUAACCCCCUGGCAAAUGUUAUUGUGUUUUUACAUUGUUCUGCGUUUUGUUUCUAAAAUGAGUGAAUGAAUGAAACACGCACAAACUGCGGCGUUUCCAAGGUAACGCCAUGUCAACAUUGCCCCCCUGAUCCGGCUGGAGUAGCUUUUAAACUAGCGACCGCUCGUCGACAUGUCUGAAAUGUCGGCUACGAACAGGAGAAAAAUAAAAGACCUUGCUAAAACAAUCUCAAAAAAGGUGGAACACCUGAAUAAAACCGAGACGGAGUGCCUAAUCCUGGAGUUUUGUGACCUCCUGGGGGAGAAGGAGAGACCUGGUGAAGAAUCCCACGGUCUGGACAAAGACAGGUUCAGAGGGUUUCUGUUCAACAUGUUUGGGAUGACAGAUUACAUGAUGAUGGAUGGAGUUUUCAGGGCUUUCGACAAAGACAGGAAUGGAUUUAUCAGUUUGGAGGAGUGGAUCCAGGGGCUGUCUGUUUUUCUUCGAGGGACCUUGAAGGAAAAAAUCAAGCACUGCUUUCGUGUGUAUGACCUGAAUGGUGACCAGACUAUUUCCAGGGAGGAGAUGUAUUCCUUCCUGAAGGACAGCUUCUCCAGACUGCCAGAGGAGGACCGUGAAGAAGCAGUCAAAGACCUGGUGGAAAUGGCAAUGAAAAGGAUGGACACUAAUCAUGAUGGUCUGGUGACCCUAGAAGAAUUUGAAGAGGCAGUAAAUAAGGAGGACUUGCUGCUUGAAGCCUUUGGACCCUGCCUUCCUGAUGCUUCGCGUAUCGAGAAGUUCGAGCAGCAAGUAUUUCAGAAGGAACUAGAACAAUGACUUGAACGUGUUCAUGUGUAUUCUUAGCUGCCAUUGUUUAAAUAAAUAUAUAUGGAUUAUUUUGUGGCACGGGCAAAAGGACUGGAUAUAAAUACAAAAAGAUCACGUUUAAGGCAACACAUGCAUGUGUAUCAUAUCCGACGAUGUGGGUUGAGCUUUGUCUCUCCAGGUUUGAGAUCAGGAACUGAUUCCACCUGGGAAAGAUGACAAAAUGUAUUAUUAUUUUGUUACAUAGAAUGUGACAUUAAAUGUAAUGAUUGACCUGCUUCCAUAUCCAUUUCUGGUGGUUCUGGUAAAUUUGGUCCAAUAAAAGGUUCAUUUCCUCCAGAAACCUGA